AUGGGAAAAGUAAAACCACAUAUUUUAGCCAUACCUUAUCCAGCACAAGGCCAUGUAAUCCCACUAAUGGAGUUCUCACUACGCUUAGCCAAACAUGGGUUCAAAGUCACGUUUGUGAACACAGAGUAUAAUCACAAGAGGGUUGUGAGUGCUUUGGCAGAAAAGAAGCACUUGGAAAAUCAAAUUCAUCUAGUUUCAAUUCCAGAUGGGAUGGAUCUGUCGGAGGAUAGAAAUGAGCUGGGUAAGCUAUCUGAAGCCAUUCUCCGGGUCAUGCCUGGGAAGCUGAAGGAACUCAUAGAAGACAUCAACAGAUUGAAAGGUGAUAAUAUCACUUGUGUCAUUGCUGAUUUUAGCAUGGGGUGGGCUCUGGAUGUGGCAGAGAAGAUGAAAAUACAGCGGGCUGCCUUCUGGCCUGCCUCGAGUGCAGUACUUGCCUUGAUACUUAGAAUCCCAAAGCUAAUUGAUAGUGGAAUCAUCAACAAUGAUGGAACUCCAAUGGAAAACCAGAUGAUUCAGUUGGCACAGGACAUGCCUGCCAUGAGCUCAAAAAACUUUAUUUGGGCCUGCAUCGGCGACUUAACUUCACAGAAAAUUAUUUUUGAACUUAUAGUUAGAAACAACUCCUCUGUGAAAGUUGCUGACUGGCUGAUCUGCAACUCCGAUUAUGACCUCGAGCCAGCGGCAUUCAGAAUGACUCCAGAGAUUAUACCAAUCGGCCCACUUUUGGCAAGCAACCGCGGUCAGAAUCCAACUGGAAACUUCUGGCAGGCAGAUAAAACUUGUUUAGAAUGGCUUGAUCAACAGCCACGACACUCAGUCAUAUACGUUGCAUUUGGAAGCUUUACGAUUUUUGACCAGACCCAAUUCCGAGAAUUGGCUUUAGGUCUUGAGCUAUCAAACAGGCCAUUCCUUUGGGUUGUAAGGCCAGAUAUCACCGAAGGAACAAGUGAUGCCUACCCAGUAGGAUUCCUAGACAGAGUAGCCAGUCGCGGACGGAUGGUUGGCUGGGCACCUCAACAGAAAGUACUCAGCCAUCCUUCCAUUGCUUGCUUCUUGAGCCAUUGUGGUUGGAACUCAACCAUAGAAAGUGUAUGUAAUGGAAUUCCUUUCUUGUGCUGGCCUUACUUUGCUGACCAGUUUCAUAACGAGAGCUACAUCUGUGAUGUUUGGAAGGUUGGACUGAAGUUUGACCGAGAUGAAAGUGGGAUCAUUACCCAAGGAGAAAUCAAUAAAAAGGUGAAGGAACUUCUCGGUGAUGAGAACUUCAAAUUGAGGGCUUUGAAUCUCCAAGAAAAAGUUACGAAUAGUGUCAAGGAAGGUGGCUUCUCUUACAAAAAUCUCAACAGAUUCAUUGAAUGGCUAAAGGCAUAG